UGCUCAGUUUUCAUGGGCUUGUCCCUGAAAAUCAGAGCCUUGGAGGCAGAGCCAGCUUUCCACCAUGGCUGGUAUCAAGCCCCCACUGGACACACACUUGUACAAGAUGCCCAAAAGUUACUAUGAUGGUACACCUGCCACCUAGCUGUGCCCUAGCUAGUGUUUUGUGAAGGAAUGUAACCUCGACAUCCUGCCAGACUAGCACUGAGUACAGCAUUCCCACGCUGCAUCGGGGCGGAGAGCAGCAGGCAGUGAUGGGACACUGGCUUCUUACAGGUAUGCGGUGUUAAAAAGAAACCAACGGGUGGGCUGUAAAACAAUUGUAUUCAGCCCCACUGUGCUGCGAGUACUGUAGUAUGCCAUUCUUCUCUAGACCCGAGGUGGCCUGGUAUCCUCCUUCUCCCCAACACACAGACAGUAACUUCAGGCAGACCACACGCUGGACUUCACAGACUGUCGGCCUCGGAAAGGUCCCCUUAAUGCUUGUAGAUGCAUAAGCAAACAUAUUUUUAACAGUUAUAACCACAACUUCUGGCACAACUUCAAUCAGCCCUUGCUUUUGAUUGGCCCAUGUUGUGUUGGGAAAUUUUCCUUGAAGUAUUGAGUCACUUGGUAAAGAUGCUGUCAUUUCCUACCGUAAUCGCCUACCAAGCUUGAACUGCUAUUUCUGUUUAACUUUCCUGUGAGCCGGCUCCAUUUAAAUCAGUGGGAUUUCAGGAGAAGGCACUGUAUCCAGUAGCAUAUCCAAAGCCAGGCGAGCAGUUAAUGCAAGGAAACCAGCAAAGCAUUCAAGCAGAGAGAAGAAAAUGUCAUCUCAUGGCAAGGUUCCCCUGCUUUGGGUUCUGGUCUGGGCAGCAUGGUUGAUCACAACUCAAGCUAAAGGGCAAGAAGUUGAAAGGCCGGAAGUAGUUACCAAAUAUGGGAGACUCCGAGGAAAAGAGGUUGCUGUCAAAGGAAUUGACAGACGUACGCAGGUAUUUCUGGGGAUACCUUUUGCAAAACCGCCUGUAGGUUCUCUGAGAUUUUCCCCACCCCAGCAAGUGGAACCAUGGCACGGUGUGCGAGAUGCGACUUCUUUUCCACCAAUAUGCUUGCAAGACCAGUUGUGGCUGGAAGAAUUUGAAGAAUUUUUUAAAAUGGAACAUUUUAACUUUACAAUUUCUGAAGACUGCUUGUAUCUGAAUAUUUACAGCCCUGCCCCUUCCAAUAACAAGGCCAAGUUACCGGUUAUGAUGUGGAUUCAUGGAGGAUCUUUAUUGAUCGGUGGAGCUUGGUUGUAUGAUGGGUCAGCAUUAUCUGCCUAUGAGGAUGUGGUGGUAGUAGCCAUUCAGUAUAGGCUAGGUAUUACUGGAUUCUUCAGUACGGGUGAUGAACAUGCACGUGGCAACUGGGGUUUUUUGGAUCAAGUAGCAGCUCUACACUGGAUUCAAGAGAACAUUGAACAUUUUGGAGGAGAUCCAGGGUCUGUCACUAUAUUUGGAGAGUCUGCAGGAGGAAUCAGCGUUUCUGCUCUUGUUCUGUCUCAAUUGGCAAAAGGCCUGUUCCACAAAGCCAUCUCAGAGAGUGGAGUUGCACUCUUUCCUACCAUGUUUAGUUUGCAUCCUGAAGCAAUCGCUAAGAUGGUCGCUAACAUAUCUGGCUGUGAGACCAUGAGUUCAGCUGCAAUGGUUCACUGCCUGAGGAAGAAGCCUGAGGAAGAAAUUAUUUUAAAAUAUCAGCUGCAAAAGGAAAUCCCAUUUAUCCCUGCUGUUGUAGAUGGUGUUUUUAUUCAGAAGAACCCUGAAGACCUAAUGGCUGCAAAAGAGUUCAGUGCUGUUCCAUAUAUAAUAGGAAUAACUAACCAUGAAUACGGCUGGUUCAUUCCUUACUUAAUGGGCUUGUCUGGCCUGAAGGAGGGGCUGGAGAGAGAAACCAUAACUUCAGUAUUGGAGAAUAUGCUACCACUUUUGUCUGUGCCACCUGAAGGUGUGCCUUUGAUAGUGCACGAGUACUUGGGAGACGCCAAUGACACGACUGUUCUACGGGACCAAUUUCUGGACUUGAUGGGAGAUGCCGUAUUCUUAGUUCCAUCUAUUAAAUCCUCCAGGUAUCACAAAGAUUCUGGCUCUCCUGUCUAUUUUUAUGAAUUCCAACAUCCUCUAAGUUCAAUUGCAGACCUCAAACCAGACUUUGUAAAAGCAGAUCAUGGAGAUGAAAUUAGUUUUGUCUUUGGAACCAUGUUUAUUGCUGAUGAGAUUUCAUCUGUUUUCAGAGUCGCUACAGAGGAGGAGAAACAUCUCAGCAGAACAGUAAUGAAAUAUUGGGCUAAUUUUGCACGAAAUGGGAAUCCUAACAGUGAAGGUCUGGUGGAAUGGCCAGUGUACAAUCUGGAUGAAGAGUACCUGGAACUGAACUUGAAGCAGAAGAGAGCAAAGAAGCUGAAAGAGAACAGAGUGGAGUUUUGGACCAGAGUCUUGCCUGAAAAAAUCAAGGAAAAACUUAAGGACACGAAACAGCACUCCGAGUUGUAACUCGUUGAAUGAGGUUAAAUGUUUGCUGAGGCUGUGCUGUUUCUUCUCAGUGAUUUCACCAGUGCACACUGGAGAUCAUACCAAGAUGCUCAAAGCUGAAUGGAGCAGCAGUCUUCCUGGAGGCUUCAAGGGCCUGUACAUUCUGUUCCACUGGCUAAGAUGGAAAUGGUUGGUACCCUCAAGGUGUCCAUCCUCCUAUGCAGUACAGACCAGAAUAGGAGGAAUCAAGAGUAAGAUUUCAUUCUGAUUUGUACUCAAAUGAUGUCUAAUUUAACAUCACAUAAAUUAAAAUCUCUCCCUGCACAAA